GUCAUCAUCGUCAUCAUCAUCGUCUCCGCGAAGUGAUGAUCAGGGUCGUAGCACAUGAUGAGCUGUUCGAGAACAUGAAGCCCAGCACCGCCAGCUGACAUCUGACCCGGCUUGACGUCUCCACGAUCAACUCCUUCCUCUCCGCAAGCAGUGCCAGAAUACACAACAGGCGGAGGUGGCUGCAAAAUACCGAAAAAUGCAAACAACCGACGACACUAUGGCGUCCUCAGAGCAGAAGAGCACUAGUACCGAUGGCCGCGCCGCGCCAGCCGUGCAGCUCUCUCCAAGCGAGAAAUUCUUCCGAUACUUUCAACUUGAAGUGACAGAUCUCCAAGAGCAAAUGGCUCGUAUCAGCAAACACAGCCUGACCGGGGGCGAACGAUCGGAUGCCAUCGACCACUGUCUCUCCGGCAUCGCGAGAUUGUCAAGCGAAGUGCAAGACGCAUCUUCGUAUGUACCUGCCUACGACCAGAGAACAUAUGGCGAGGCAAUCAAGGCGCUCAAUCACAAGCUACAGGAAGUCCGACAGUCGCACGCCCCAAAGCCAAAGUUCUCAUUCAAGUCCAAGUCAGGAGCCUUCUUCACUGCUGGAAAGAACGCAUCUGCGAUCAGUGUGAAUGAUGCUGCUGAGCUUGCCCACCAGGAACAGCUGAAAGCCCCACCGCAUCUUCACGACGUAUCGAGCGGCUCCAGCAUGCCUACAACGCCAGUGGGCUCAAGCACACCUGCACAUGAAUCAGCUGUGGAAGGAGCCGCGGCCAUGGACGGAUUUCCCCCAGCCACAGGCAUUUACUCACAAUCAAAAUCACUAGACGUCUCGGACCACAAGGGUAUGCAUGUCGUGUUACCCACUACAGCUUCGCACGCCAUAUCCUCUGGAACGGUCUCGAAUAUUCGUCAGUGCGUGGUGGACCUAUCUCAAGCCACAGCGGACAAACCAUUGGCAGCCCUCUACCUCAAGAAUAUCGCUUCCUCGCUGAUCAUUUGCGGCCAUGUCUCGGGAGCAAUCAUGAUGCACAACAUCACAGACUCUGUCAUCCUCGUCGCCACACGCCAAUUCCGCAUGCACGACUCCACGAAUUGCAAUGUCUAUCUUUUGGCGACAGGUCGACCCAUCAUCGAGAAUUGUGAUGCCAUAUGCUUUGCUCCUCUUCCACAGGCGUACAUGUUGGAGAGCGACAAGCAGGUGGAUAACAAGUGGAGUGAUGUGGACGACUUCAAAUGGCUGAGAGGUGAACAGAGUCCGCACUGGAGCAUGCUGGCCCCUGAAAAGAGGGUUGUCGAGCAGGUCUGGAGGGAUAUUGCGCUUGAUGGUCCCAAAACAAGUGUGCAAAACGCACUCGACGCAGUCAAUAUCCCAAUCCAGGAAUGACGUGCCUUUGGAGUAAAUGUGCAUCUGUGGAUGUGAAUGAAGACCCGUGGGCCGUGGUUGUGAAAGACUGCUUUUUUCAUUGAGAGCUGAAUCAUGCCAGGGACUCCAAUUUGGACAUUGCAAGCUUCUGCGGCGACCUUUCUCCCAUCUCCUCCAUCACACUCGAGGGAUACUUGGAGAUGGAUUGCCCGUCCAUCGCAGCAAGGUCUUUCUUCGACGAGGGAGGCUGCGAAAAAGACAAAGCAUGAGGUGCAGCACCCGGACUUCCACUAAAACCCACGGCAAGAUCUCCAAACGCAUGUGGCCCACUGCCAUGUUGUGACACGGAUUGUAUCGGUCUUGUGAUCCAGUGCAGGGCACAGGCUGAUAUGAAGACUACACGCACACAAGAAUGAGGGGUCAACAAUGUAGAUUUCGGAGCUUGGGGAAGAUGUUUGGGAAGAUUCUUACCACUCGCCUUACAGACCAGGCAACACAGCCAGGCCGGUCCCUGUCCCACCCAGACGGCUACCGAAAUACUGGAGGCAAUGUUCGCCAGCGAAGAGACGGCGCUUCCAAUGCACGUUCGGACGAUCAAUUGUCGCAGAGGCUGCACCAGUCCUUUGAUGUUCCGAUGCACGGUGAAGAGUGGCCAUAGGAAUCUGAUGGUGAAGUAGACUUGCGCGGAUACUUCCAAUGACAAUAACGCUAUAGUCGCUGGUAGUCGGAUGCCGAUGACACAGAGGUCGUGGCCCUUGUCUAUGGUGUAUCGGCUAUAGAAGGAUGGUUUGACUCAGCAUACAUGCACGUGCGCGACGUCAGUCUUGGGGGAGAAAGGUCUGGAGCACGAACAAGAAGAUGGUAGCAGCGGUGAAGGCUGUAUAUGGAAGCAUGAUCAAGAUGAUGCCGAGGAUAUAUUGCGUCGAACGAUAGCGCGGUUUGGUGGUCCAGGAUAUCACGUAGAUUCGCUCGAUCAGGAAGAGGAACUCGGAUCCUUUGGCGAACUUGUGCAGUACGAUGCCUAGUAGUAGAAUAUCCUCAAUCAGCGUACAUGUUGCGAUUGGGGUUUAUACUUUCCCCUCUUCGUCCCCCUACCAGAUGAUGUUCCGCUGUCAGGGUGGUGGGGGGAGGGGGGAGAGAGGCAAGGAAAAAGAAGAAACUGACAAACCAUCAAGGUGGCAUCACACAGUGUCCGUGUCACUGGUGCGCGGAUAUGUAACAGCAUGGUGACUGCGACGAUGAAGGCGAGGGAGGAAAUGUAACACUGUGGGCUCUCAUUAUUAUGACUGACGUGAUUGCAGCACCGACUUCUUCUUUCAUCUUCUCCUUCUUCUCUCCACCAUGGUAAAAAGAAAAAUCAAAAACAAAAAGGACAAGUGAGAAAAAAAAAACCAAAAGUCAUCCUACCGCAAAGCACGAUACACUCGCCACGGAGAGAUGUUUCGCUUGGGUGUCUUGAUAGCGUUGCCAGAUGAAGACGACAAUGGCCGGAAUGGCCACGAGGGACAAUGUGAUGGAUGUCGCAUCACCUCCGACGACGAAGACUCCUCGGGAGGAAUUGGUGUCGCUGAUGACUGCCAUGGGGCGGCGGCGACGGCGGUGUCGAACAGGGCGGGCGGCGGGUGGUGGCCACGAUGACGGGUGUCUCCUUUGAUUACAGAAUGACGUGCUUUCUCGCUCCUUGGGAGACGGUUACUGCAUUGACGACGGGAGAUGAAGAGGGUUCGGAGGGUGGUGUGGUGGGAUGAGGUGACAUGUACUGAUGUACUCGGCCCAGGUAGAUAUCAGAGGGGGACUCCCGAUGAUGAUGAGGAGGAGGAGGAGGAAGCCACCAUCAUCAGCCUUCAGGUAUGGCCCAGGCUCAGGCCCAUGAUGCCGAGGCGGCUGGUCGAUUGUAUUUAUAUGGUGCAUCAUGCAUGUAGCCAUGUACUACUGU